UUUUCAUAAACCUGAGGAUAAAAAGACACAGACCAGGCCGCAAAGUAAAUCCAGCCGAUUACAGAAUUAAUCACAACUAAUGCUGAGCUGUGGACAAUGGUGAUCCUCACAAACUGCUUAGAUAGUCUACAAACAAGUAGUUUUCCACACUGGUAUAAAGAAAUCCUAUUUGUUUGCCAAACAUGUACAAGAAACAUCAGCAAUAGGGCCACAUGUGGGAAAAUAAAACGCAAAUACUAUGAGCGUCUCUAUCCAACAACUGUCGUCCUUCCAAAUGGUGCUACAAUAAACGUCAGAUACCCCCAGCCCAGACAAAUUAUAAAGCUACCAAUAGAUAUUACAAAACUUUCACCCGAGGAACAGGCAGCACUGAAAAGAAGAAGACAACCAAAGACAGAAAUCGAAGUGGAAAAAGAAAUCGAGGACAAUUUUGACAGACGAAAAUAUCUUCAGUAUAUGAACAAAUCAAAAUAAAGAACCACAAUAAAAUUUGA